UGAUCACCCCCGGAAGCGCGAUGGACCAGUCCGGCUGUGGCGGAGUUGGAAGUAGAGAACCGUUCCUAGAAUUAUGGCAAAAUCUGGGCGGGGGCUGGAUUCCGAGAGCAUAGCUGCAGCCACUGUGCUAAAGCGAGCGGUGGAGCUAGAUUCCGAGUCCCGAUACCAGCAGGCUCUGGUGUGUUACCAGGAGGGGAUUGACCUGCUCUUGCAAGUUCUGAGAGGCACCCAAGAUGAUGCAAAGAAAUGUAAUCUUAGAAAAAAAAUUUCUGGCUACAUGGACAGAGCAGAAAAUAUAAAGAAAUACUUGGAUCAAGAAAAAGAAGAUGGAAAAUAUCACAAGGAAAUCAAAAUAGAGGAGAAUGCAACAGGUUUCAGUUAUGAGACACUUUUUCAAGAAUACCUUAAUGAAACAGUUAAAGAAGUUUGGGUAGAAGAUCCCUACAUUAGACAAACUCAUCAGCUGUAUAACUUUCUUCGCUUUUGUGAGAUGCUUAUUAAGGGACCAUGUAAAGUAAAAACGAUUCAUCUUCUCACCUCCCUGGAUGAAGGCAGUGGGAAACAGCAGCAAAUUUGUGGCCUGAAAGAAAUAAAAGAGUCACUCAGGAAUCAUGGAGUGCUGUUGGAAUUAGAAUACUCUUCUUCAAUACAUGACCGAGAAAUUAGGUUCGACAAUGGAUGGGUGAUUAAGAUUGGAAGGGGACUGGAUUAUUUUAAGAAACCACAGAGUCGUUUCUCCCUUGGAUAUUGUGACUUUGAUUUAAGACCAUGUCAUGAAACAACAGUGGAUAUUUUUCAUAACAAGUACACCAAAAAAAUAUGAUGGGUAGUUGUUUAUUUACAUUGUAUAUUUUUAUUUUGAGUGAAUUUUUUUUUCCUUUGGACAGAUCAUUCCUGUAAUGUGUGACUUUAACAAUAAAUUUAUACAUUUCUACU